CCUGGCUCCUCCCACAUGGCCAGUCACAAUGGGGAGCUGCGGAUCCUGAGCGUCUAUGGAAAAGGGGAGGGCCCACUGGCGGUGGACGGCAAUGACACCCUCUUCACCCCGUCAGAAGUGGAGGCCUUGAGCUCGCUGUCCGUGGACCGCAGCGUGGCCAAGAGCCUGAACUGCAGCGUGCGGCUGGUCCGCCUUGAGGAGCUGCACAUGAGGACCCGACCAGACGAGAAGCCGUACGGGUGCGACCAAUGCAAGAAGCGCUACAUACAGGAAGACUUCCUGAAGAUCGACAUGAGGACUUGCUCUGGGGCGAAGCCCUACAGCUGUGACCAAUGCACGAAGCGCUACAGACGAAGUGCUCACCUGAAGAGCCACAUGAGGACUCACACCGGCGAGAAGGCCUACGGGUGCGACCAAUGCACGAAGCGCUUCAGUCAUAAAGGCCAACUGAACUUCCACAUGAGGACUCAUACCGGCGAGAAGCCCUACAGCUGUGACCAAUGCAUGAAGCGCUUCAGUGAAAGUGGACACCUGAAGAGCCACAUGAGGACUCACAUCGGCGAGAAGCCCUACGGGUGUGACCAAUGCACGAAGCGCUUCAGUGAAAGUGGAAACCUGAAGAACCACAUGAGGACUCACACCGGCGAGAAGCCCUACGGGUGUGACCAAUGCAACAAGCGCUACGGACGGAAAGAUGCCCUGAGGAUCCACAAAAUGACUCACUCCGGGGAGAAGCCCUACAGCGGUGACAAAUGCACGAAGAGCUUCAGUCACCAAUGCGAACUGAAGAACCACAUGAGGGCUCACACCGGCGAGAAGCCCUACGGGUGCGACCUAUGCAUCAAGCGCUACAGUCAGAAAGGCCAACUGAAAAUCCACAUGAGAACGCACUCCGGGGAGAAGCCCUACAGGUGUGACCAAUGCACGAAGCGCUUCAGUGAAAGUGGAAACCUGAAGAGCCACAAAAUGACUCACUCCGGGGAGAAGCCCUACAGCUGUGACCAAUGCACAAAGAGCUUCAGUCGAAGUCAACGCCUGAAGAACCACAUGAGGACUCACACCGGUGAGAAGCCCUACAGGUGUGACCAAUGCACGAAGAGCUUCAGUCGAAGUGAACACCUGAAGAGCCACAUGAGGACUCACACCGGGGAGAAGCCCUACAGCUGUGACCAAUGCACGAAGAGCUUCAGUCAGCUACACGUACUGAAGAUCCACAUGAUGACUCACACCGACGAGAAGCCCUACGGGUGCGACCAAUGCACGAAGCUCUUCAGUCAGAAAGGCACGCUGAAGAGCCACAUGAGGACUCACACCGGAGAGAAGCCCUACCGGUGUGACCAAUGCACGAAGCGCUUCAGUCAGAAAUGCAAUCUGAAGAACCACAUGAAGACUCACACCGGCGAGAAGUUUAAUUUCUAACGCAAGGUUAGUUUUAUUUCUAACAUUAUGAGAAUCGGGCCCUUUGUCCAAAAUUCAGAACUACCCCUUUAAAGGGAUGCUUUGACACCUGUAUCCAGGUGCUGCUUUUUUUUUUCAUCAUGAUUAAACGCUUUCCAAUGUUUGAUUCAACAUCUUUUUAUUUUUUUGAAUUGAUGUCAGUGUGAUGAAGAAUGACUUGGUUCUAGGACACUUCUGACUGCAAAACAUUUUAAUUUUAGAGCUUAAUCAUGGGAAGAAACAGGCAGCAAAGUUACCAGGCAUUUGUUCAAUAAGUUCAAUUGCAAAUGCAAACUAUCUUAACACCUUUCAAUUAGAGGGGACGGAAGGUAGCUCUAGGUCCAAGAAGAAUGUAUAUAAAUUACUUUAAAUUGACUAAUUAUAUAAACAGGGUUCAUGUAAUUUGUAUACAAUUGUAUAUUGGAGUUAUGUUUGAUAUUUCCACAACUAUGUCAUUACCUCUACCUUUGUUAUUAGAAAAAGCCUGCAAAGUUCACCUGUGAAAUAGACUGCAAUUAAACCACACAUUAUACAUGA